GCAGAGACUCUGAGGUGAAGAAGCGGGAUGGGGUCCCUGGGGAGAGGCAGCAAGGAGGGGAUUGCAGCCUUGGGGAGGUGCAGCGGAGCAGGGACCCUGAGGAGAAGCAGCGAGAUGGAGUCCCUGGGGAGAGGCAGCAAGGAGGGGAUAGCAGCCUUGGGGAGGUGCAGCGGAGCAGGGACCCUGCGGAGAAGCAGCGAGAUGGAGUCCCUGGGGAGAGGGAGCAAGGAGGGGAUUGCAGCCCUGGGGAGGUACAGCGGAGCGGGGACCCUGGCCCCCCAGCCAUCUCUCCUGAGCCCAGCACUGUGGCUGAGGUGCAGGGGCUCAGUGAGGGAGCGGGGCAGGCGGCAGGGCGAGCUGCAUGGCCUAGCCCCAGGCAACGGGAACAGAGCCAAGGCCUUCCAAGGCCGAGCAGCCCCCGGCCAGAGGCUCUCAGCCUGGACCUGAGUCCAGCCAGAGCAGAGCCACCAGGAGCCAGGACUAGCCCCCAGCAAGGAGCCGUUGGGGACUCUGCUCCAGGGCUGCCACACCGGUCUGCCAAGGGCAAUCGCAGGAGGAGAAAGUGGGGAGGGAGUGGCUGCCCCACCAGUGUGGAUUGGAAGGAGCCUGGGUCUCCUGGGGCAGGGGUGGACGACUCCCCGGCUGGCACCAAAGAGGUGGGUAUCCCUGCUGGCACUGGACUCCCUGUUGUCCCCACCCCAGGAGAGGGGGGUGUCCCCCCCAGCACCAAAGAAGAAGGCAGCCCCUCUGGCACCAAACAGCCUGUUGCCACCACCCCAGGAGAAGCGAGUGUUCUCCUCAACAGCACAGAGGGGGGCAAUGCCUCUGGCACUGGACUCCCCAUUGCCCGCACCCCAGGAGAAGGGGCCAUCCCCCCCAGCCGCAGGGAGCCAGACAGCCCCUCUGGCACCAGACUCUCCAUUGCCCCCACCUCAGGAGAGGGGGCCAUCCCCCCCAGCAGCACAGAGCCGGACAGCCCCUCUGGCACCAGACUCUCCGUUGCCCCUACCCCAGGAGAGGGGGCCAUCCCCCCCAGCAGCACAGAGCCGGACAGCCCCUCUGGCACCAGACUCUCCGUUGCCCCCACCCCAGGAGAGGGGGCCAUCCCCCCCAGCAGCACAGAGCCGGACAGCCCCUCUGGCACCAGACUCUCCGUUGCCCCUACCCCAGGAGAGCGGGCCAUCCCCCCCAGCAGCACAGAGCCGGACAGCCCCUCUGGCACCAGACUCUCCGUUGCCCCUACCCCAGGAGAGCGGGCCAUCCCCCCCAGCAGCACAGAGCCGGACAGCCCCUCUGGCACCAGACUCUCCGUUGCCCCCACCCCAGGAGAGGGGGCCAUCCCCCCCAGCAGCACAGAGCCGGACAGCCCCUCUGGCACCAGACUCUCCGUUGCCCCCACCCCAGGAGAGGGGGCCACCCCCCCUAGCAGCACAGAGCCGGACAGCCCCUCUGGCACCAGACUCUCCGUUGCCCCUACCCCAGGAGAGGGGGCCAUCCCCCCCAGCAGCACAGAGCCGUACAGCCCCUCUGGCACCAGACUCUCCGUUGCCCCUACCCCAGGAGAGCGGGCCAUCCCCCCCAGCAGCACAGAGCCGGACAGCCCCUCUGGCACCAGACUCUCCGUUGCCCCCACCCCAGGAGAGGGGGCCAUCCCCCCAAACCCAGAGGAAGAGACUUGUUCUGACUGCCCCGGGCUGGGGGCCCUCACAGCUGCCCUGGCAGAGGCUGCUGUCCCCACUGGCGCAGAGGAACAGGUUGCCCCUGAAUCCCUGGAGAGGACGGAGGCUGUUGGUGCUGGUGCAGCCCCAUUUGUGGAGAGUGCUUUGCCCCUCACAGGGGGUGCAAGAACCAGCUGCCCCGUGGAAUCCCUGCCCCCCACCUCGGCCCCUGUGGGGCAAGAUGUAGACUGGGAGCUUUUGCGCUCAGGCAUCUUCCAGCUGACAGGCGGAGUAGACCGGAUGGGAAGGGCCUUGCUGACUGUCACCCCCCAGCCCCCAGGGGAGCCGGCCCCAGCCCAGGGGGAACUGAGCCAGGCCCUGCGGUACCUGCAUUCGCUGCUCAGGAAGGAGCAGCAGGAGCUGGGGCUGACGGUGCUGCUGGAUCUGCGGCAAGGGGGGGCUCUGCCCCCCCAACCCCCUGCACUGCUGCCAGCCCUGCAGGAGCUGCAGGAGGCUUCACCAGCUCCUGUUAGCCGCCUGCUGGUGCUGGCCCCACCGGAGGGCGAGGAGCUGCCCCUCAUUCAGGAGGCACUCGUGCUCUCCCCAGGCGACCUGCCCCAGUUUGUGGACCCAGAGCAGCUGCAAACGACUCUGGGCGGGACCCUGCAGCACUCGCAGACCCAGUGGGUAAAGAUGUGCCAGGCGCUGGAGCGGCUCUGCGGGCUCUGCCAGGGUGUGAUCCAGUCGGUGCAAGUGGCCAGUGCUGAGUUGGAGGCAUUGGAAUUGGCCGAGAGUGACGAGGCGCUUUCUGUGCAGAUCUCUGGGCACAAGGAUGCCAUGCAGAAGCUGCUGUCAGACCCAUGGCUGCUGGAGUUGCAGAGCAGCGGGGGGUCCCUGCUGGCUCGACUUCCCCCACCAGGAACCUGCAGUGCCCAGGCCGCAAGGGCUGCCAGCUUGUAUCAGGAGGUGGACGAUGCCAUUCAUAGGCUGGUGCAGCUCAGCAAUCGGCGCCUGGGGCAGCUGGAGCAGGAGAGGGGCUGCCGGCAGCUGACACAGGCUGUGGGCUGGCUGGCUGACCAUGGGGAGCAGGCGCUGGCAGGUUUCACCCCCAUGGAGAUGGGGGAUUCGGUGUUGGUCGUGGAGGAGAUGCUGAUGAAGUUUGAUGCUUUUCACACCCUCGCCAAGGAAUGGCUGGCCCGGGGGCACGAGGCUCUGCAUCUGGCUGGUGACAGGGACCUGGCAGCUGAGGGGCAGCAGCUGGAGAGCUUCGAGCGCCGGCUGGAGAGCUGUGCGCACACCAUGCACAAUGCCCUGCGGCUGCACCGCUUCCUGCAGCAGGCUCAGGACUGGGCCCUGGAGGGCGUCCGGUGCCUGUCGGCCAUUGAGGACAGCGCAGGGCCAGAGAUGGUGCUGGGGACGCUGGGCCGGUACUGCCAGCAGCAUGGCGAGAUCUCGGACAGCGCCUUCCAGGAGAUGCAUGGGCUGGCAGUGCAGAGUCCCUGGGCACUGCGGGAGUUGGGGCGCUGCCGGGCCCGCUGCCAGGAGCUGGGGCGCCUCCUGCAGCGGCGGCUGGAAGUGGCAUUGCAGUCUGGACCCCAGCCCCGGCGCCGGGCUGACAGCACCAGCGCCUCCUGCUCACCGCAGCGCCCAAUGAGGGGUCUGGGCACCGGCCUGGGCUCCUCCCGCAGCCUGAGCUGCUUGCUGCCUCCACCGGGCAGCCUCUCCCCUGGCCUGUGUGAGGUGCCCUCUUGCCACUCACUAGCAUCCUCCAGGGGCCCCAUGGAGAACAGUGAUGAAGAACAAAGCCCCCCUCCCAUCAGCUCCUCCACCGCUGCCUUCUUUCAGGCACCCACGCUGCCUCUGGGCACACUGCCCUCCUGCCAGCAUCCUGCAAAGGGUCCCCCCAGCACGCAGAGGGCACUGAGCGAGCCCGGCCCUCCCCGCCCCAGCGUCCUCAUUCGGGGACUGGAAGUGAGCAGCCAGGAGGUAGUGGACCGGACCUGCUCGCCCCGGGAGCACGUGAUGCUGGUUCGUAGCAGCGCCCAGAGAGCCGAAGCGCCGUGGGGGGGCAUGCCCAGCACUGAGCGGAAACACCGCCUGGGCGCCCAGCAGCGGCUGGUGGCAGAGCUGAUUGCCUCGGAGCAGGAGUAUCUAGGCUGCCUGGCUGAGUUGCUGCCCCAGGAGUCGGGGUGCCAGGAGCUACCCCCCGAGCUGAAACGCGAGUGCGGUGCCUUGGAGGGCACCCGUGACCGGCUGCUGGGCUUCCACCGCACCUACUUCCUGAAGGAGCUGCAGGGCUGCGCCAGCCAUCCUCUCCGUGCAGGGGGCUGCUUCCUGCGAUACGCGGACCAGUUCAGUCUCUAUGCCCUCUACGUGAAGAACCGGCAGAAGCUCGAUGCAGCACUGGCCUCUCAGCAAGCUGCCCACAAGACAGUACACAGCAGCCUAGAAGGUCCCUGGGAGGACACAGCGCUAGCAAGUGCCCUGCAGAGGCCCCUGGAGCAGCUGGAACGCUAUGGGCGCUUUCUGGAGGAGCUGCUGCAGGAGACGGACAUGGAGCAGGUGUCAGAGCGUGAGGCCUUGCGGGCAGCGCAGCAGCUGCUGGAGUCCCAGGUACAGCAUGGCAGGAACCUGCUGGCCAUGGAGCAGAUCCGGGGCUGUGAGCUGGAGUUGAAGGCGCAGGGGCAGCUGUUGCACCGGGACGAGUUCACCGUGCUGCGUGGGCGCCGCAAGUGCCAUCGGCAUGUCUUCCUCUUCGAGCAGCUGCUGCUCUUCAGCAAGCGCAAGGGCACCGAGGGUGGCUUGGACGUCUAUGUCUACAAGCAGGCCUACAAGACAGCAGAUAUGGGGCUGACGGAAAACAUCGGGGAGAGCGGGCUGCGAUUUGAGCUCUGGUUCCGGCGUCGCAAGCUCCGUGAGGCCUACACGCUGCAGGCCUCCUCACCCGAGGUGAAGCACAAGUGGACCAGUGCCGUGGCCCAGCUGCUGUGGAGGCAGGCCACGCUCAGCAAGGAACUGCGCACACAGGAGAUGGUCUCCAUGGGCAUCGGGGACAAGCCCUUUGUCAGUGUCCAGGGCCCCAGCCAGGCCCUGCUGAGCAGCCUGCUCACAGGCAGAGCUACCCGCACCCGUGCCUCGGUGGCCCUCUCUUCCUUCAGCCCCUGGGUCGGGGCUCCAUGCUCCCCGCCAGCUGCCACGUCGUCUCCCCGCCCUGGCCCUGCCCCCUUGGGCCUGUUCUGCGAUGCCAGCCCUGUGCCCCCUGCGGCAGGGCGCUCCCCUGGGGCCUGCUCGCUGCCAGGGCACCUGGAGGAGGAGGAGUGGGAGCUGGACGUCAAGCACAUCCCCCGCGCGUCCGAGACAGCCGCUGGCUCAGGAGCCGCUCUGGCUCUGGGGGAGCCGUCCCCCAGGGAGGCAGAGUCGCCAGGGGGCACUGCCCCAGUGCAACGCCGGCCAAGCUGGGUCUGGAGCCUGCACAGGAAGCUGUUUGCCUUGCAUGGCCGCGUGGGGCAGGAUCGGAGCCCUGGGGCUGCCAGGAAUAGGACAGUCUGAGCCCCUGGCAGACUCCUGGCACCGCACCCCACAGGUUUAUCCCCACGGAUCCUCCCCUUCCCACCCACUGCAUGGAGCCACCAGACGACCUCCAGCCACUGCCCCAUGGGUCCUCCCCUCACCCUUCAUGGGACUACUAGGGCCCUGUAGCUACCAUGUGGGCUGGGGGAUGGGUAUCAGUGGAGGGCGCAGCGCCCCAUGGCCUGGGAGGGGAAGGACAGUGAUGGUGUGGGCAGGAAACCCAUCUGGCCUGGGCGUCAGAGCACUGGGGCUGGCUUGCACCGUGGGUCUGGCCUGGGACUGCACCUG